GUGGCCUCUUUCCCGCCCCCGCCUUUCUACUGUGUUUGCGGGAUUCGAACUACGCAGGACAUGAAAUGGAAACUUGAAAACAAUAAGGAGGAACCCUGCUGUGAAUCACUUUGCCAUAGAGCAAAUUUUUGUACCUGGGACAGGGCCUGGGCAAUGUCUGUCUCUUUGCCCCACCACUGACUCCCAGGUCUUUGCUCUGCGGAGACAGGAUGGACAGAUUCCUGGUGAAGAGGGCUGGAGGGGACCUUUUGGGAAAGAGGGAGCAAGAGCAGACAGGAAAAGGCCCAGUGGGGUUGGGAGAAGACGAGGAAAGCACCAGGAAGAGGCCCAGGAGAGACACCGUGGGGAAGGGUGCCAACGUGGCAGGCCCCAGCUGGCGACACAUUCGGUCCGAGGGCCUGGACUGUGAUUACACAGUCCUGUUUGGCAAAGCCGAAGCGGAUGAGAUUUUCCGGGAGUUGGAGCAAGAAGUAGACUAUUUCACAGGUGCACUGGCCAAGGUGCAGGUGUUUGGGAAGUGGCACAGUGUGCCAAGGAAGCAGGCGACGUAUGGCGACGCUGGGCUGACCUACACGUUUUCAGGCCUUACUCUGUCUCCAAAGCCCUGGAUCCCAGUUCUAGAGCGAGUCCGGGAUCGUGUGUCUUUGGUGACUGGACAGACCUUCAACUUUGUGCUCGUUAACAGGUACAAAGACGGCUGUGACCACAUUGGGGAACACCGCGACGACGAAAGAGAACUGGCGCCCGGGAGCCCCAUCGCCUCCGUCUCCUUUGGGGCCUGCAGAGACUUCUUCUUCCGGCAUAAAGACGCCCGAGGGAAGAACCCCGUCCGGAGGGUGGAGGUGGUCAGGCUGCAGCUGGCCCACGGGAGUUUACUUAUGAUGAACCCCCCGACCAACUCGCACUGGUAUCACAGUCUCCCCGUCCGCAGGAAGAUUCUGGCUCCGCGCAUCAAUCUGACGUUUCGUAAAAUUCUGCCUACUAGAAAGUAAAAAUGUUUUCAGUUAGCACUUCUGUUUUCUCCUCCUCUCUCUACUAGAAGACGGAUGUGGCAUUUCCUUUACCAAUGGGGAAAGAAAAGGUGUAACAUUACACAACAGAAUUCAGAAAGAGGAUGUUUAUAUCAAAUCAGUGAAUGA